AUGGAGGCGAGGGGCUGCCCGGCCUUCCCCCCGGGCCGUCGGGCCGGGCCCCCCCCGGGGCCACCGAGGACCCCCGGCCCCUUCGUGGCCGGGCUGCCGGGACCCCCCCGGCACCCGCCGCCACUCAGCCCCCGCUGCCCGCCGGACAAGGCAGAGCCCCGGUACCUGGGGGCCGCCAGCCCGGGCCCCCUCGCCGUGGCCGUCAGUGGGAAGCCCUUCUACCCGGCCGGGGCUGCAGGUGGUGAGAAGGGAUGCAAAGGCGAGUACCAGGCGGUGCCCGCAGCCUGCCGGGCCCCCAGCAAAGCCCCGGGACAGCUGGGCUGCGUGCUGGCAGCACCCCUGGGCAGCCUGCGGGAGCACCCGGCUCCCCCGCUGCCCGAGUCCCUGCCACUGGGCAGGAGCAAGAGCAAGAAGCGGAGGAACAGGACGACCUUCAGCACCUUCCAGCUGGAGGAGCUGGAGAAGGUUUUCCAGAAGACGCACUACCCCGACGUCUACGCCCGCGAGCAGCUGGCGCUGCGGACGGACCUGACCGAGGCCAGGGUGCAGGUCUGGUUCCAGAACCGACGGGCCAAGUGGCGGAAACGGGAACGCUACGGGAAAAUGCAGGAGGUGAGAAACCCCACAGCGGCCCCCACCCAGCUGGGCAUACCCAGCCUCUCCCCCGCUUCACCUCGGGAUUCCUGUUCCUUUUUCCAGCUGCAGAGCAACCUGUGGCCGAGCUCCGGCCCCGGGAGCCCGGCGGGGCCUUGCAUCGUGGCCCCCGAGAGCAUCCCGUCCCCGUGCGUGUCGCCGUACCCCCACGCUCACAGCAACGUGGCCGGCUUCGUGGGCAUCCCCACCUCUCCUGGCCACCCCCCCGGCAUCAGCAGCCUCUAUUCCCUGCACGGCCUCCCCCCGGCCCUCGGCGGCCACCCCUUCGAGCCCCCUCCAGAGAACGACUACAAAUCGCCCGCCCUGGUGACGCUGCGGAUGACCAAGGAGCCGGGCAGCCUGCUGGGCUGGACCACGUAACCCACCCGCACGGGACACGGACCGCUCGCCUGAGCCCCCCGGGGCACGUCCUCCCCCUCUGCUUCCUCCCUCCCGAGGCGCUCGGCACCAGGGGUGGGAGUGGGGCGGCGGAGUCACCCCCGUCCCCCCCGCACCCCAAUCGCUGCCAGCUUCCCGCAGCCCACCCUCUCCAUCGUGCUAUCGGGGGGGCAGCAAAAGGGUCCCCCCAGACACAGCCCACGCUGGCACCUCUCUGCCCCCCUGCAGACACAGAGAAG